GAGCCCGGGGACGUACAGGGAGCUGCCCGGCGACCUGGCGAGAAGAGCCAGCCGGAUGGAAGCCAGACCUCCAAAGAGCUCAGGCAAACAAUUUACAUCAGAUUAUGAAAAUGAAAUCCAUAAACAAGGUUACUUCAUUAAGUCACCGCCUCCUCAGCUUUUCUUCUCCGCAACCUCCUGGAAAAAGCGGCUCUUCAUCCUGUCUGGGAGUGGGGGGAAGGGCCUCAGUCUUUCCUAUUACAAAGACCAUCAACAGCGAGGCUCCAUCGAAAUUGAUCGCAGUGCGGCUGUAGAGGUUGGUAUAAACAGCCAGGAGAAGAUGCAGACUGUGCAGAAGAUGUUCAGAUGCCACCCGGAUGAGGUGAUGUCCAUCAGAACUGUGAACAGAGACUACUUCCUCAUUGGCCAGGACAGGGAGAAGAUUAAAGACUGGGUCUCCUGCAUGACACCAUAUUGCCGGGGCGUAAAAGCAACCCAUCAGUAUACAGAGGAGAAUCCUCCCCCGGGUGACAGAAGGCCAGUCUCUGACCCCAGUCCUUUCUUCAGUCUCCGCAGUGGGUCAGAGGUUAUCAGCCUUGCACCACCGAGGGCCAGUCUUCCAGACCAUUUAAUCCAAAAAAGGCUCCGAGAACUCCAGCAAGCUCAGACUCAUCAGGAACACCAAGAACCCCCUCAGGAGCCUGAAGAGGAGGGUUAUUACCUCACCCCUGGAAGCAUCCUUUCAGAAUUAGAGAACGUUGCUGGUUCCAAUGAUUCUGGUGACUCCAUCGAAUCCAACAAUCCAGACCAAGGUUCCAAGAAAGCUGAGAGCAAUUACAUGUCAAUGAGAUCCUGUUUCCUCAAAGAAUCAACCUCUGUUGACUGCCCAGCCAAACCCCAGAUUUCUCCAGAGACUCCACUACAAGAACAUGGCACAGGAAGUGAUCCGUGUCUUUCACCUGCCGACCCAGAAGCUCAAAGCACAGAUGACAAAAAGGGGUCCACCUCGCUAACUGUUGUGAAAUUGUCUAUCUUACUCAACAACAUCCCUGACGAGAGCCAAGUGCAGACUCUGGACGUGUUCCUCUCACCGCUGGACACCAUCAACUAUCUUGCCCUGGUAGAAGCAGCAGGGCGGAUAUGUGUGGCUCGGUGGGAAGGUCCUCCCCGACUAGGCUGCUUAUUCUGCUAUGGAGAUCAUGUGUUGGCCGUGAAUGACCUGAAGCCCCACAGCCUGGAGGAGGUGUCCUUGUUUCUUACUCGGUGUAUCCGGAAGGAGAAAGUGAAACUCUCCAUCGGCAGAAUUCCAAAUUCAGAGAGGCUCCAUGCCUCUACCUGUGCAUGCUCCUUAAAACACCAUUUGGCCAAGUCUGUCCAAGAGGAUUUGCCAGGACUGCAAAGGACACCAAAGAGGAGUCCGGCCAUCAAAAAGAGCCAGAAGGAAGAAGCUACUGGAGAGUAGGCUGCCUCAGACUCUGGCAGCAGAAGGUGAAGCCCUGGACCAUGCAUGGCCCUUUGACUGGAGAAAAGACAGCAUCCUUCUUUGAGUCAUUGUACUGUCUUAACAGUGUGUGUGUGUGUUGUGGGGGGGGUGUCACUGGCCCUUCUUUGGCUGUUGCAUUGAGAAGGUCAUUUGGGAUAAUGACUAAGGAACAGAGUUAAAGUGGAAGGCCUUAUCAUCAGGGACUUUGCCUGAGACACAGCAGACAUAGCCUGAGCAAGUCCCUGUUCUAACUAAUAGCAAUGUGUGCUUUCUGAGGUCGCAGUCCACACGGUCACUCUCUGUUAGGAAUAUCUGGGUUGAACUACUCACUGCAGAGAGACAUGAAAGACACAAACCUGCAGCAGCCCUCCCAGACACUUGCUUGUGACUCAGCAGCCCACCAGGCCAGGCUGGGUACCCUCUGUCUCAAGUACACCUGCUUUAAGAACUAUUUUGGAAGCUGAGGAAGUUUAGCACUAUAUCCAGCCAAGAUCUGUUUGCUGUAAAAACAAAUAGCAAACUAUGUUUGGACAUUCUUGAUUGAUUGGUUUAUUGCCAAAUUAAUCCUGCCAAGCCAAAAGAAUCAAAGGCCUCUCAUAAUCAGGAAAGCAGAACUGAGCUGAACACUGAUUGACUUGGGGAUGCUGGCACAAAGGAAGGCUCAGGAAAUAUGUCCUAGCAGGCUGUCCUUUCAUGUGGAAGAGAUGAAGGCUUUGAAAUUGAGUUCUGUAGCUGUCAAGGGACAGAGCUACACAUAUAAAACCAGCUUUACAAAGAAAAUUCCCUGAUUUCUGCCUUGUAUGUGUGUUUAUAUUAGUGAAGACCUUUGGCUUGCAGAGGAGACAUUCAAUAACUUUUCCUUUUCUGUUAUCUAGAUUAUUUCU